UUUAUUAAAUGGCGUAUUAUUAUAUACUGCAGUUUAAUUUCUAAACUUCGCAAUUAUGCAAAUUUACAUGCGGUAACCUUAUCACGUGUAUUUGUAUAUGAUGACUUCUUGCACAGUAAUCUUCGCGGAACAGUUAAUUGUAAACAAAUCAGAGUGCACUAGUAUACAGAAGCUAUAUAGUUUAUUGUGAAGAAAAGAUUCCAAGAACAAUAAAAAUAUUUCAUCUUGAAACUGUGAAUUCUGAGUAUGAUCCUAUGAUUUCAAAAUAUACAAAGUUUUGUGAUUGUAAUUCACCAAAUUGUCGUUGUGGAGAGAAGAAUGUACAUGAAUGGACAUGGGAUAAAGAACACGCUGCACACACUGUUGUUUUAUCAGAACAAGAUAUAGAAGUAAAGUUUCAUCAUGAAUACAGUCAUGGUACAGCAGCUGUAAGAGGUAACAAAUUGUUAGAGAAAGGGAGACUUCACUAUUGGGAAGUUAAAAUGCUUGCGCCUAUCUAUGGAACAGAUAUUAUGGUUGGUCUUGGAACAAGUAAGGUAGAUUUAAAUAGUUCAAGUCGUACUUUUUGUUCAUUACUUGGGCUUGACCGGGAAUCCUUUGGCUUUUCCUAUAAAGGAUAUGUACAACAUGGUGGUGAAAAACGUUCUUAUGGUUCCUGUUUUGGACAGGGUUGCUUAGUAGGUGUAUACUUAGAUACAUGGAAGGGAACUUUAGAAUUUUAUCUCAACAGAAAACCUUUAGGUAUUGCUUUUAGCGGACUACAAGGUUAUAUGUUAUAUCCUAUGGUCAGUUCCACAGCUGCACGAAGCAGAAUGAGAUUAACUUGUAGUUGUUCUGUACCGGUAUCUUUACAAAUAAAAUGUUUAUCUGUAUUAAAUUCUGCACAAAGAACAUACUUAUCGAAUAUGUUUCCGGGACUACGGUAUCUUACUCAAAGCAUUUUUGCAGAUAUAUUAAAAGCGCCUUUGAAUGAUGACGAUGACGAUGACGAUGACGACGGAAGGGAUGACUUUAUUUUUAUAACAGAGGAUUGACGAUUUUGUUCACAACAA